AUGAUGCCCUCUUCACCGGGCCAUGUCGCCUCGGUACCAUACACAAACGGUCAUUUGUCGCCUCUCGCAGCCCAUACGGCGACCGCCGAUAGCUCUUCCCACCACAGCGAUAGCGAGCAGUCCGACUCACAAGAGGCCGCCGCAGUUGACCAAGCCUCCGAUGUCGACGCGCCAGGAGAGGAAUACGACGAAGACGACGAGGUGGCUGCUGCUUCAGACUCGUCCGACGAUGUCGAUGCCGAGGGCGAGCCAGACGGCGAUUACGACUCUGAGUCACCGCCGUCUGCGCAGGAAGAGAGCGACCGCGCCCGGAGUUCAUCACAAGAGUCAACUCGACCGCGCAAGCGCAAGGCAAGCGACGAGAAGGAAGACUAUAUAGAACAGAACCCGGAGCUCUAUGGCCUGCGUCGCAGCGGUCGUGCCCGCCCUAGUCGUCGCAUCAUGGAUAGUGAUGACGAAGAUGAUGAGGACUACAGCUCUGAUCAGCCCCGCAAGCGACAGAGGACAGCCUCGCGCAAGACCUCAAACGUACCCACACCAGUCUACCGCUCAGCCAACUCCGAAUCCGAGUCGGAUGGCUACGUGGGUGCUCGUCGCAAUAUCCCAACCAAGAAGCAACGCCAACGUCAGCAAGCCGUUGCUGCAGGCCGCGAGCCUCCAUCCCAAGCCGAGGUCCGGUUCUCUGUACGCCGCAGUGCACAGGUUGCGAACUACAACGAGGAGGAAGACGAGGACGAGUUCGUGGAGGAUGAUGACGAUAUGACACCCAACUACUGGGCGACCGCGCCAGAGGAUACUGGCCCCGUCAUUGACAAAAUCCUUGACCAUCGACCAAAGGAUGGAUUAGAAAUGGACCCUUCCUUCGACAAGCGCGACUUCGAAUACUUGGUCAAAUGGCAAGACAAGGCACACUACCACUCCACAUGGGAAGACUACAAGACGGCUGCAUCAUACAAGGGCUACCGCAAGUUGGACAAUUACUACAAGGGCCCUGUCCAGAACGAUAUGUAUGUCUACAGCCGCAAGAACGCCGACCCAGAAGAGUACGAGCAACACAUGGUCGCACGCGAAGCUGAGCGCGAGAGCCAGCUCGACUUCCACGUCGUAGAGCGUGUCAUUGACUCACGAGAUGGCGAGGAUGAGCUCGAAUACUUUGUCAAGUGGAAGGGAUUGACAUACGAGUUCUGCACAUGGGAACCUGCGUCGCUGGUCAGCCGCUUGUCGCAGUCCGAGAUCGAUCGAUUUCUUGACCGCUCGUCGAACCGACCCUCCUCCGACGCCCGCGAGGCGAAUCCGAAUACUCGCAGGAAGUUUGUCAAGUUGGACACGCAACCUGACUACAUCAAGUAUGGUCAACUGAGGUCCUUCCAACUUCAGGGUGUCAACUUCCUUGCGCACAACUGGUGUCGAGGCACAAAUGUCAUCCUUGCCGAUGAGAUGGGUCUGGGAAAGACAGUGCAGACGGUGUCUUUCAUCAACUGGCUGAGGCAUGAUAGGAGGCAAGACGGCCCCAUGAUCUGCGUUGUGCCACUAUCGACUAUGCCUGCCUGGGCGGACACCUUCAACAACUGGACACCCGAUGUUAACUAUGUCAUCUACACCGGUAGAGAAGAGGCCCGCAGCAUCAUUCGGGACAAGGAGCUGUUGGUCGACGGCAACACUAAGAAGAUCAAGUUCAACGUACUGUUGACGACGUACGAGUACGUUCUUGCGGACUGGCAAUUCUUGCAGAGCAUCAGCUGGCAGUUCCUUGCCGUCGAUGAGGCUCACCGAUUGAAGAACCGCGAGUCACAGCUGUACGAUAGGCUGCGACAGUUCAAGGCACCAUGUCGACUUCUCAUCACUGGUACUCCCAUCCAGAAUACGCUGGGUGAGCUGGCUGCCCUCAUGGACUUUCUUAUGCCAGGAAAGAUCACUGUUGACGAGAACGUUGAUCUCGCUUCGGAAGAUGCCAGCCAGAAGCUGGCCGAACUCAGCUCAGCCAUUCAGCCUUAUAUGAUUCGCCGCACCAAGGAGAAGGUGGAGAACGACCUACCUCCUAAGUCUGAGAAGAUCCUUCGAGUUGAACUGUCUGACAUUCAGCUGGAGUACUACAAGAACAUCCUCACCCGCAACUACGAGGCUCUCAAUGAGGGUGGUGUGGGCCAUAAGCAGUCUCUAUUGAACAUUGUCAUGGAGCUGAAGAAGGCUAGUAACCAUGCUCUGCUUUUCCCCAACGCCGAAAACAAGCUCGUCAAGCCUGGUGCGUCAAAAGAGGAGACCCUGAAGGCCCUCAUUACCUCCAGUGGUAAAAUGAUGCUGUUGGAUCGACUCCUCGGGAAGCUCAAGGCCGACGGUCACCGCGUGCUCAUUUUCAGUCAGAUGGUGCACAUGUUGGACAUCUUGACCGACUACCUCAAGCUGCGCAACUACCCCUUCCAGCGUCUAGAUGGCACAGUCCCAGCGGCAGAGAGGAAGAUCGCAAUCGAUCACUUCAACUCUCCCGGCAGCGAGGACUACUGCUUCCUGCUAUCGACUAGGGCGGGUGGCCUCGGUAUCAACUUGAUGACUGCUGAUACCGUCGUCAUCUUCGAUUCCGAUUGGAACCCUCAGGCAGAUCUGCAAGCCAUGGCUCGAGCUCAUCGUAUCGGUCAACAGAAGCCUGUCAGUGUCUAUCGUCUUGUCUCGAAAGAUACCAUCGAAGAGGAGAUUCUGGAGCGCGCUCGCAACAAGCGCAUGCUUGAGUUCAUCACAAUCCAGCGUGGUGUGACCGAUCGUCAGCAAAAGGAGCUCAACGACAAGAUGAGUCGUGCUGCAGCAGAGCCCACGUCCGCCGACGACAUCAACAACAUUCUCAAGCGCCGUGGACAGAAGAUGUUCGAGCAAUCUGGCAAUCAGAAGAAGCUAGAGGAGCUCGACAUUGACUCAGUCUUGGAGAAUGCUGAAGAACACAAGACCGAGCAGGCUGCUGGUCUUACAUCUGAUGGUGGUGAAGAGUUCCUCAGGAACUUUGAGUACACUGAUGUCAAGAUCGAUCUCGAAUGGGACGACAUCAUUCCAAAAGAAGAGUUGGAGGCAGUCAAGGCUGACAUCCAGCAGCGGAAAGAUGAAGAAGAGACUCAGAAGCUGCUUGAGGAGAAUGCUCCACGGAAGCGCAAAGCAGCCUCAGCAAGCGCACGAGAACAGCGAGCUGCAAAGAAGCGAGCACUUGAAGCUUCUCAAGUCGAUGCCGACGAUGAUGAGCAAUCCGAGCAAGACGAUAGCGUCAAGCGUGACCCUAAGCGUCCUCUUAACACAAAGGAGGCUCGUAACCUUAUCGGCGCAUACUGCCGGUAUGGUUCGCUCGAUGAGCGUGGCGAGGAGAUGCUUCGCGCGGCAAGGCUUGUCGGUCGUGACAUGGGUGUCGUCAAAGCUACGCUCGAUGAGAUCAUUGCCAUGAGCACGCAGCUCGUUAAGGACGAGCAGACUAGGCUCAAGAACUUGGAGGCUGAGACCAAGCGCCCAAUUACGAAGAAGGACAAGAAAGCUGUUCUUUUCGACUUCGGUAACGUCAAAAAGGUCAACGCAGAGACCAUCCUGGAGCGACCUAUCGAGAUGCGCGUCCUGAAGGAAGCGGUUGAGGCAACAUCGGAGUGGCGCAACUUCCGUGUACCGGACGCUAUCAAGCCUGCAAGCUACUCUUGUCCCUGGGGUGCACGUGAGGACGGUAUGCUUUGUAUCGGCAUCCAACGCCACGGCUACGGCGCGUGGAUCCCCAUUCGCGACGAUCCAGAUCUCGGAUUAACGGACAAGUUCUACCUCGAGGAGCACCGUGUCGACAAGAAGGAAGAGCGGACCAAGGCUGACGAGAAGAAUGCCAAGUCCCCUGGUGCUGUGCAUCUGGUUCGUCGCGCGAACUACUUGCUUACUGUUCUCAAAGACAAGAGCACGUCGGACCCCAAUGUCAAGCGCUUGAUGGAAAACCAUCACCGCAACAACAAGAAGCAUCAGUUGAACAUCGCGCGUCGGGCAGAUAAGGGUGUCUCUGCUAGUCCUGCUCCAGCUGGCCUAGCACGCAAGGUGCAAGGACGGGAUUCAGAGCGUCCUACGCAUCGCGCCCAUAGCGGUAGCGAGAUCCGUCGUCCUGACAGUCGAACUGAAGGUCGCCAUCACGAUCGGAGCCGAGAUGAUCGCCCUAGGCAUAGCGACCAAUACAGGCCAUCUGAUGCCCACCGCAAGGAACAUCGCAACGACCGCGGCAGCAUUGAUCGUCGUGCGCAGACGUCUGAUCGCAAUGGUACGCCAGAAAACCGUAAGAAGUCGAACGGCGAUAUGGAUAGACAGCGACCACGCCUUUCUGAAGACCGUCCACGCUCUCAUAGUCAGAGCCAAGUACCCGACCGCAGUGUGGAGACGCCCAAGCCUAAGGAGAAGAAGCCGGAUGAUUUCCUUGAGCGGAAGCUUCGACCUGUGCGCGACAAUCUGGGCCGCCUUAAAAAGGCGACACCAAAGAACUACCCGCAGAAGGAGACCAUGGUCAAGGUCCUUAAGAUUGAGUUGAUCGCUAUCGGCAACUUCAUCCGCGCAGAGACUCGGGAUAAUGUGGAGCUCGAGGAUCGUCUAUGGAACUACACCAUCAACCACCAUUGGCCUCGGCCUGGUGUCACUGUCGCGGCUGUCAAGGGCAUGUACAACAAGAUGCUGAGCCAAGAGAAGCCAGCGGCGAGCGCGACUCCAACAAACGGACAAAAGAACGGCGCUUGA